CUCUUAUCUUCUUCUUAAUGGCGGCAUUUCCCGUAGGAAUCUCGUUGUCGGCCUCGCGAUUCUUGCGCUUCAGGUUGUUUGAUGCUGGUGCCAUGGUUAUUUCAAUAAAAAAAUCUUGAACAUCCUAAUUCUAUAAUUUUGACCAGUCACGCAUGAAGUUGACCUGUGCCCAGCGCCGCUUCAAUCUGCCAAGGCCAGACAACCCUUUAUCACCCAGAGUCAAUGCCAUGCGAAGUGUACAGCCUUUGCCUACCGAACGCAUUGGAUUGCUACUACUGCUCAUAAUCUCCUACUUGGUUGUCAGCUAUGCUCAGCAACAAAAGCCAUUACAGGCAUCGACUUCGCAACCAUCUCUCUCCCUUAGACACAUAUACCACCACUCCUCCUCCACUGGCAAAUACCCCAACAUGUUCAGGAGAAUGGAUUAUUCAGGCUUCCAAGCCGUACAAAUAGCAGAUAACUUGGGGAAGCCAUCCACUUUCAGCGUAAAGCAGUCUAUAGGACGACGAUACCGACCUGCCUCGCCGCUGCCAUAUCUCAUGCGAGCCGCACAAACACCCAGGCAAAUGCACUAUGCAAUGGGUAUCCACAAUAUGGAGAUAGAUUAUGGUUUGCUGCCAGAUGUAGCAGAUAGUGAUACGGUCCUAUCGUUGGCAGAAAUGACCAAUAAUGCCUAUUCCGAUCCUGAUACAAGGGAAGACUGGUACGAUUUAGGCACAAAAUGGAACGUGUCUUCGUCAUUUGGCUGGGAAUCGGACGGUCUACGUGGCCAUGUGUUUGGCGAUGCUGAUAACACCACUUUUGUACUGAGUUUUAAAGGAACUAGUGCCGGCCUGUGGACGGGUGGGCCAACUGGUGAGAAGGACAAGUUCAAUGAUAAUUUAUUGUUUUCAUGCUGUUGCGCUCGUGUCAGCCGGGCUUGGCGAACGGUUUGCGAUUGCUACGUUGGCAAUACAUAUCAAUGCAACCAAACGUGCUUAGAAACUUCUUUAUUGGAUGAAGAGACAUAUUAUUCAUUGGCCAUGAGAGUGUACAUAGAAUUGGCGGAUCAGUACCCUGAUGCAACGAUUUGGUUGAGUGGACAUUCGCUGGGAGGCGCUGUUGCCAGCCUUGUUGGACAAACUUUUGGCGUUCCUACUGUGACAUUCGAAAUUCCAGGGGAAAGACUUGCUUCUCGUCGAUUUCAUUUGCCUGCUCCACCUGCUAUCAACUGGGAUGAUAUACCAUUAUGGCAUUUUGGGCAUACGGCUGAUCCCCUGUUUGUAGGAGUGUGCACGGGUCCAUCCAGCACGUGCUGGUACGGAGGAUUUGCUAUGGAGACUCGAUGCCAUACUGGAAAGGUAUGCGUUUGGGACGUGGUCAACGAAAAGGGAUGGAGGGUUGACAUUCGCUCUCACCGCAUCCACGAUGUCAUUGAGAACAUCCUGAAGAAGCCUGAAGAGUUUCCAAUACCAGAAUGCAAACCAGAACUAGAGUGUGUUGAUUGUGCGCUUUGGGACUACCCCGAUGACCGGGACCCACCUUCAACCAUAAGCACAUCUUGCUCCACUAUUCCGGAGAUACCUGAUCCUACUGAAGAUCCUUGGAAGCGCAAGAAGUAUAGACAGUGAUAGCGAGACAGCUAUGGAUCUUAUGAAUCCUUUGUAUAUCAUACUGACACCAUUUUACAAUAUCCACAUGCAACUU